UGCUCACUCUGUCACCGUCGGUCGUUGAGAUUGGACAGGAAAUCUUUUCGCUGCGUUAGAAAUAAUAAUCCUCGGAACAGAUUUGCUUAGCUUGACAGGAUUAAACAUAUUCCAGCGUUAGUUGGAAGUAGUGCGAGAUCAAAUUGUGAGCUCAGCUGAUAUUCGAUACGGCUCUUCGGGUGCUGUACAUAUAAAUGAACCACACAAAAACCGUUCGAUAGCAUUCGUGAUACCGAUCUUCGCGGGAUAGCAACUGUAUCUCAUUGAACAUUGAAUUUCAAUUACAUUUUUUUUCCAGUAAUGGUGAAACCAUAGGAAAUUGGGUGAAUAUUCUAGUAUACAUCUGGUGAACGGAACAAACGAAAAUAUAAAAGAUGGCCACUUGUGUGUGAAGUGCCGAAGUGCUCGAAAAGAACUAUUACAUAAGUGAAUGUGAAGAUCCUAGUGUAUCAAUCGAUGGCAAAUUGUGGAAUAACAAAGUGAGAACGAAAUUAAUUAGACGGGAUUAGCUCAGAACCGAUCGCAAUGAGUGCCACCGGAACCGAGAACAUGGAGGGCUCCGAGUCCAUCCAUAAUACGAAGAUAUCCGACUCCGGUUAUGCCAACAGCUGCACCAACAGCAAAUCUCAACGAAGUGGCAGCUCCAAAACUCAUCACAGCGGCAGCAGCGGUGCCGGCAGCAGUGGUUGCAGUGGCACCGGAAACACUCAGCCGGACGCCGCCGCAACUGCACUGCAACAAUCGCCGUCCAAACAUGCAAAAGACAAGGACAGGAAAACGAAAGAAAAGGAACUGAAAACACAGAUCGACGCAAACGCGACCGGUGUUCUGGUCGACGAGACACGCAAGGUAAAACCAUGCCCGUCGGCUGCAGCGGCAGUGGGAACGACAAACACUACCCGACUAGAAACUGAGACCUCUUGCUAUUUAGAUGAGCCCAGUGAUCGUCAGCCUAUUGACAAAAACGAUGACUUCAUUGUAAAAGAGGAAACCCAAGCAUCGCAGGAGUCGAUCCGCCGGACAGACAGCAUACAAUCUCCCUGUUUCCUUCCCGGACCGUCACCGGCUACCCCACUGGAUGAUGCCUUCCAUGAUGGGGAUGGUGAAAAACUUACAGGUUCUAUUCAUGUGCAGUCUCCGGGCACCACAACACCAGUGGCGUCCAGACCGCCCAACAUGGAGGAUGGAUUCCGGUGCAUUAUUUCAAUGCAUGACGGUGUCGUACUGUUCACGACCCCGAGCAUAACGCACAGCCUUGGAUUUCCGAAAAACAUGUGGAUCGGACGAUCGUUCAUCGAUUUUGUACAUCCCAAGGAUCGAGCCACCUUCGCCAGUCAGAUAACGUCCAAGGUGGCCGUUCCUCUGGGUGCAUUCGAGGACGACAGUCGGCAAAAAUCCCCGACCAAUGCACUGUACGUGAUGCUGCGAAAGUACCGAGGUCUCAAGAGUACGGGAUUUGCUGUCACGGGCACCGCCGUCAACUAUGAACCGUACCGGUUGGUGUUGACAUUCCGGGAGGCCCUACAGGAAAGAAAUGAGGUCACACCACAAAAUGGCCGCAACAUUUUGCUGAUCAUAACCGCCACACCGGUUAAGAGUAUCUAUAAAACUCCAAAUGAAAAUUUCAAUGACAAAGAACUUAAGUUCAGUACGAUUCACAAGCCCUGCGGUAAGCUGAAUUACGUCGACGGAAAUUCUGUGGAAUUUCUUGGGUAUUUACCGCAGGAUAUUUUGGAACGUUCGAUAAUGGAACUGUAUCAUCCGGAAGAUAUGCCGAUCGUGAAGCAAGCCUACGAGAAAGUGAUGCUGAACGGACAAUCUAUUGGAGCUACUUUCACAAGUCCGUCGUAUCGAUUCCUAGCCCAGAAUGGUUGCUACAUUGUACUACAAACGGAAUGGACCAGUUUUGUCAAUCCAUGGUCACGAAUGCUUGAACUAGUGAUAGGAAACCACCGGGUGCUGGAGGGUCCUUUUAUUCCGGAUGUAUUCACCUCGAAUGAAGCCGGCGUUUGUCACGAAACGUUUUCGAAUGAGCUACAGAAGACGGCGGAAAAGAAUGUGGAAGAUAUUCUUCAGUUCCUGAAAGAACCAGUUGCCAAACCUUCGGAUAAAGUAAGCCAAGAGGUAUCGAAACGGUGUCAGAUGUUUGCUUCGUUGAUGGAAGACACCCCGGAUGAGGUAGCACAACCCGAACUGACCUUGAAUCUGUUGAAGGUAAAUUCAGAGUUAACCUUUUCGGAGCAGGAUUCCGUAAUGCUUGGGGAGAUUUCUCCGCAUCAUGAAUAUUUCGAUAGCAAAAGUUCGUCGGAGACACCGCCAAGCUACCAUCAGCUCAACUACAACGAUAAUCUCUAUCGCUUUUUCAACAGCCAUCCUAUCAUGAACGUAGAAGAAUCUCCUAAGAUGGACUCAUCCGGUGGAACCCACACGGAAACGGUGGACGCCCGUACGAAUGUCAGUCCGAAUGGGCAGUUCAGUGGUAGCGGAGAAGGUAGCAACGACAGUUCCGAACGAAACGGUAAAAUGCCCAAAACAACGCCUACCUCCAGCAACGGACCGGAGUUCUCGAACAACUUCCAACCUCCGGCGUUAACCGAAGAAAUGCUCUGCCUUCACGAUGAGGAUAUGCAAAAGGCUAUGUUGAAGAAGCACCGUGAGGCAAGAACCCUGGCCCGAUGUUCGGAGAAAAAGAAAGGACCUCCGGAUAAAGCUCAACCCAGUCAUGUGUCCCACGGUCUUAAGCGAGGUCACUCCAAUUCUUGGGAGGGCGAAAAUCAUAAAACCUUCAAACACCAGCAUAACCAGAAACCUACUGCCAACCCUCAAAAUCAGUCACUAAAUUUAAGCGCCCCUCCAAAUCCGACUGCUCCUCUGCAAGCAACUUCCGUCGCAGGACCCAACGAAAUGAACGCACCGAACACCGGGACAACCGGCACUCCACAGCCAGCAGCACUUACGUACCGGGUGCCACGAAACGGGGACCAAUGGCAACCGUUCUCGGUUAGUUUAACGGCGAUACAAGCAUCGCAAAGAAACGCACUCACCAGUUUCGCUCCACCGCAGAACAUGAUGCCAACAUUGUACUACAUUCCGUCGGCUCCUCCUCCUACUCCACCAUCCAUUCCCGGCUCGACUCCCGGUGGGGUUGGACUGCCUCGGUUGAACACUAUUCCGAUUCCGUACAUACCGGACAUGAUGUACCAUCAGCCAAUGCAGCUCUACCAGCCGUCACUGUACUACUCGCCGAUGAUGUACCAGGCAAUGCCCUUCCAGCCGGUGGCACUUCCAAGUGGGCUGCCGAACGGCACUCGAAAUCAACCACCUCAAAACCUGCCACCCCCAGUUCAGCAAGCAGCACAACCCUCAGCGUCGCAGCUUUGCCAGAUCAACCGUCCUACCGAACCAACAGCCGCAACCGGAACAGCUACGAUGGUCCAGACUGGCAAGCAGUAUGAUCGGCCAACAUUUUCCAAGGGUUCCAGUAAAGUUUACGGUAGUUUUACUGGUAUCUCGAACGGCCAUCGAACGGAAGAGCAAAAGGGACGAAAUGUGAUGCUAGAGGACAACAACAGAAAAGUACCGACGGCACGGCACCAGGCCAGUGAAGAUGCGGAUGAGUCGACCUUCUCCAGCCUAGCGUCUAGUUUCCUGCGAACGGAAAAUUCUUCCGAAAGCAUCUACUUGGAGAAGAAAGCUUCAAGUGAGAUGACCUGGGAUAGCGUACCGAACAAGCGGAGACCGGGUGCUCCCUGGUUGGAGAAUGUAAACCAAACGACGGAUUGGGCCUACCGGUACAAGAUAUCGGACCGUUCGGCCAAGGAUGCGCUAUCUUCCGAUUUGGUGAAGCUCAAGGAUCUCAAACAGCCCACGUUGGUAAACGAUCAACUCGGACAGCUGUACCUGGAUCUGGAGCUGCAAGGUCUCUCAGUGAAACUUUCGCUGAGUGAGACCACUUCCGGCAGCAGCAGUGACGAUUGCGAAACACUAGAUACGAGAAAGAUUACCAAACGAAAUAUGAAAUACAAUAAGUUACAGUUGAUCUACGAAGAGAACGCCCCGUUUCCACCUUCAACCAUUGGACCUUAAGCCGGAAUAUUCUAGAUAAAUUAUUUUGAUGUGAUAAAUUAUACACCGCCUUUUUUUACUUUUAGUAGUUUGUUAUUCUAAAGUAAAGCAGCUAUUUGAUUGAUCGUAGAGGUUUAUUGUAAAGUCAGAAGAAUAUGCAAUUUUAUGUAUGAAAAUGACUAUGGAUAACAUUUAACUAACAUACCAUGCCUCAAAUCCAAACAAACUUUGAAUGAGUUAAAAUAAAAAUAUACGACAAAAAUAAGUAUCAACCGAGAAUCGAAGUACAACGAUGAAAGCCUGUUUUGACUUGACAUUUAAUAAUAAAUUUAGGGCAGGAAAACAAAUGUAUAUCAAAUAUUUCACAAACUAAUCGAACCUCAAUCUUUGGAUUGCGUUUAAAUCCAACAUUCUUUCAAUGUUACGAAACUUAUAACAAAACACAAUAACUAAAUUUUUUCGAUUAUCAUGCAGCCAGGCUGUUUUAUAGACAUAAGCAUGCACAAAGUGUAUCUUCACCGUUACAAGCGUACGUUUCCUUGUGAAUUUUCAGUAUAUACAGCUAUUUUGAUGUCAUCCCAUAUGUAUCACGUGUAGGUUCUUUAAGUUUCGUACUACAUGACACACAGUGCAAGUUAUCUAACGAGAGAUACGUGAUCAAAUCAAAUGUUUCAACAUAUUGAAAUAUUCGUACAAAUAUAGAUUCAACCUCACCUAAA